AUGAAUGGUGUUCUUGCUUCUGAUGAGGAUUACCCAGACUUUGUUGAGGUUGAUCCUACUGGAAGAUAUGGAAGAUAUAAUGAAAUUCUGGGCAGAGGAGCUUCAAAGACAGUAUAUAGAGCCUUUGAUGAGUAUGAAGGGAUUGAAGUAGCAUGGAACCAAGUGAAGCUUUAUGAGUUUUUGAGGAACCCUGAAGACCUUGAGAGGCUCUACCGCGAAAUUCAUCUCCUCAAGACCUUGAACCAUAAGCAUAUCAUGAAGUUCUGCACUUCUUGGGUUGAUACUGCAAACAGAAACAUUAAUUUUGUCACAGAGAUGUUUACUUCUGGCACUCUCAGACAAUAUAGGCUAAAGCACAAGAGCGUUAAUAUCAGAGCAGUAAAGCAUUGGUGUAGGCAAAUUUUGGAAGGGCUUAACUAUCUUCACAGCCAUGACCCCCCUGUGAUUCACAGGGAUCUAAAGUGUGACAACAUUUUUAUUAAUGGGAACCAAGGUGAAGUUAAGAUUGGUGAUCUCGGCCUUGCUGCUGUUCUCCGAAAAUCCCACGCGGAUCGGUGUGUUGGAACACCUGAAUUCAUGGCUCCUGAGGUUUAUGAAGAGGAAUACAAUGAGUUGGUUGAUAUUUAUUCUUUUGGGAUGUGCAUCUUAGAGAUGGUUACCUUUGAAUAUCCAUAUAGCGAAUGCAGUCAUCCUGCUCAAAUCUACAAGAAAGUUAUUAAUGGGAAAAAACCAGAAGCUCUAUACAAAGUAAAAGAUCCUGAAGUGAGCAGAUUUGUUGAUAAAUGCUUGGCGUCCGCAUCUCAUAGGCUAUCAGCUAAGGAGCUUUUGAGAGACCCUUUUCUUCAGAUUGAUGAUUAUGGCUAUGAUUUGAGGCCAAUAGAUUAUCACAGGGAUCUGUAUGAAGUAGGGCCAUUGAUAAGGCAACCUUACUCUGGAGUAGAUCACAGUAAUAGCUCUUUGAGCAAUGGCUAUGCCAAUUAUCUUGGUUAUGAACCUGAAAAUGAUAUGGAUUACCAUCCAGAUGAUUACCGAAUGAGUGAAAUUGAUCUCUUCACUCAAGAGGAUGAGCAUUCGGGAGAUAUUGACCUCACAAUCAAGGGGAGACGGAGAGAAGACGAUGGUAUCUUUUUAAGGCUCAGAAUUGCAGAUAAAGAAGGUCGCAUUCGAAACAUCUACUUCCCUUUUGAUAUUGAGAAUGACACGGCAUUGAGUGUUGCUACAGAAAUGGUUGCUGAGCUUGAUAUCACAGACCAAGAUGUGAUAAAAAUAGCAGAGAUGAUUGAUGGUGAAAUUGCUGCUUUAGUACCAGAGUGGAAGAUAGGACCUGGUAUAGAAGAAAGUCCUCAUUGUACUAAUUCAAGUAUCUGUCAAAAUUGUGCGUCGUAUGGUUCCAUUUUGGAUUAUGCAUCACCAAACAGUCCAGGUAUCAAGCACCUUCAAGUUCUUCAGUGUUCGAAGCAUGGAUCUGCUGCUGUCCAUGGCCGGUUUGAAGAGAUUACAUAUCAAGUUGAAGGAUCAGAGCAAUGUCUUACAGAAGCAGGUUCACCGAGAACAUCAAGCCAUUCUGAUGGUUUGCAGUACGCUGAUAUCUGGGCUCAACGAGAUGGACCUGAGUUAAGUCCACAAGGUUCAAGAGAGAUUCCUUGUGAUGAAAACCAUGAGACGAUGGAUGUAAUGAACUUUGGGAGGGAAGAGAAGAUUAUAACUAUGGACAAUGAGAGCAACUCCAAAGUACGAAACUCUCCUCUUUCAGAACAACAUUCAUCCACCUCUGAAGCAUUAGAUGAUUAUGAGAACGAGCUUCGUCAAGAACUAAGAUGGCUGAAAGCGACAUAUCAAAUGCAGUUAAGGGGGAUUAGGGAUCAACAGCUAGGAGUAGCUUCAAGCUUAAGUCCGGUUUCUGAUCACUCGGAGCAUAGGGAACCUAGCGGAUCGUUAAUGUCUUUCCUUUCCCCCAAGCGGGUGAAAGAAAAGAAAACACAUUCUCUUAUGUCCUUACCUUCUAGGAAGCCUUUCAAUUCAUAUUUUCCAGUAGAUGCAGAAAAGAAACAUUUGGAAAAUUCAGGUGUCCGGAAUAGUGAGGCAAUCAUCGGGGCUUACAGUCCAGAACAAUUCAUCACUGCAAAGAGUUUCUACGUAGGAGCAUUGCUUCCUCAGUCUCUUCAUAGGGCAACCUCUCUACCAGUGGAUGCUAUAGAUGUUUGAUGCCUGCCAGCUUCUCAAAAUAUACAAACAG